UCUUCUUCUUCUUCUUCUUCAUAUCAACCACACCACCCUUCUUUCUCACCACCUUCAAUUCUAACUAUUAUUUCCCCCGGAAUUCCCAAUUCCAAUAUUCCAAUGGAAACCACCAUCAAAAUCAUCCGAAAAUCCAUCCAUACUUUCCUUCAACACUACCAUUACUUCACUCUUACUUCCAUUUUAGCCCUCCCAUUCUCUGCUUCAAUCCUCCUUUCAUCGUCCUUCCUUUAUGAUUCCAUUUCCAUCCAAUCUCGACUCAUUGCACUCUUCGACGCAGCUGGAUUCCCUCCGGAAUCACAAUUCUUUUCCAUUCUCAACCUUAAACUUUCCCAAACCAUCACUUCUUCAAUUAUAAUCCUACCCUUUACCCUUUCAUUCCUUCUCAUAACAAAAACAUUCAUAAUUCAAUCUUUUAACACCCUCCACAAACCGCCACCUUCAUUCUUCGGAAUCUUCAAUUCCCUUCUCCAUACACAAAUUUGGAACACACUGCUAAUCAUUUCAGCCAAUGCAACUUGCUUUUGGGUUCUUUUCAUUGCUUUCAACUGCUUGGAAAACCUCCAUAUCCCUUCACUGUUAUUCACAUUCAUUGGUGGAAUCAUGUAUUCCAUUGUCAUAGCAAAUGCAUUGAUCAUAUGCAACCUUGCAUUAAUCCUCUCGGGGAUGGAAUUGAGUGGUGGAUUCAUUUCCAUCCUCAAAUCUUGUGUCAUGAUCAGAGGAAGGACCUCCAUUGCCUUAUCAUUAUCUUUGCCCAUAAACAUGGCCUUAGCCGGAAUCGAAUUCCUGUUCCAAUUCCGGGUUGUCAUGGCUUAUUCGAAUUCCGGGUUGAACAAGCCCACUUCAAGUAUGGUACUAGAAGGAUUAUUCAUUGCAUACUUAUAUUCCAUUCUUAUUACACUUGACACAAUAGUUGGUUGUGUGUUUUUUAAAAGCUGCAAGAUUGCUUAUGAUCAAAAUAUUAUUGUUGAUCAAGAAGCUGGUAAGAUUAAAGAAGAUGGCUUAGCAUUGGUAAAGUGUUUAGAAAAAGAUGUUCCAUAAUUUUUUUUGUUUUUGUUUUUUUUUUUUUUUUUUGUUUUUAUUGAUUGGGGGAUAUUUUUUUAUAUAUAUA